AUGAGCUCCGCAGAAUCAUCGCAAGAGGUCUACUUCGCCUUAUACCGCUAUACCCCGUCCAUUCCCGCAGCCGCAGUGUUUGUCGCGGUAUUCGUCGCAUUGGCUGUCUUUCAUGGCAUUGUCCUCGUGCGCCACCGAGCCUUAUUCUUCACUCCGUUCAUCGUUGGACUCAUUUUUGAAGCGGCUGGCUAUGCAGCAAGGAUAUUCUCGCACUACGAUACACUCGCCCUGGGCCCAUAUAUCGUGCAAACGAUGCUCAUCCUCGUGGCGCCCCCUCUUUUCGCAGCGUCAAUCUACAUGACCUUGGGCCGAGUGAUCUUCCGCCUUGAGGCCGAAUGGGCGUCCAUGAUUCGCGUGAAGUAUAUCACCAAAAUAUUUGUCGUCGGAGAUGUGGUCUCUUUCCUUCUGCAAUGUGGAGGUGGCGGGUACAUGGCGGCUGGUUCACUGUCGGCCAUGGAGAACGGCGAGCGCAUUGUGAUUGCUGGUCUUGCAGUCCAGCUACUUUUCUUCGGGUUCUUUAUGUUCCUCAGCGCGGUGUUCCACUAUCGAGUCAAAUCCGACACCCAACACUCUGUUCGGCCCAUCGCCGCACACUCGCGCUUUUCCAGUUCCUGGGAGGCGAUGAUGUGGUGUCUAUACGGAGCCUGCAUCCUGAUCUUCGUCAGGUCGGUAUUUCGCGUGAUUGAGUUCGUGCAAGGCAAUGAUGGGUACAUCAUGAAGAGGGAGUACCUGCUUUAUGUGUUUGAUGCGGUGCUCAUGGCACUACAAGCAAUACUGCUUCUCUUGGCCUAUCCGGGAGCGGUUGUCAAGGGCAGCCGAAGGACUGGCGAUGUUGCAUUGAAUUCGCGGGGCGAAUCGUCAGAUGGGAUGCUUCCCGCAGGAUCGGGGAAGCGAGAGCCAUGCUAA